GUCACCGUGUUUCUCAAAUGAUAUAAGGGGAAUACCUUAGCUGAGACAGUUCUUCCUUCUGCUCUCCCAGAAUUCCCAAACACAGCAACACCAUUGCCAUGACAAUAAUUGCUUCAGCUUAAAUUAUUACAAACACAAAUAAAUCAUUAGAAGCCACAUGCAAGAAUGGGCACCGUUCGGAAACUCAUUGUGGAAGUUGUAGAUGCUCGCAACCUCUUGCCCAAGGAUGGCCACGGAACUUCCAGCCCCUACGUCGUUAUCGAUUUCUAUGGCCAGCGGAGGAAGACGCACACCGUGCUUCGCGACCUCAACCCUGUCUGGAACGAAACGCUCUCGUUUAACGUCGGCACGCCCUCUGACAUUUUCGGCGACGUCCUCGAACUCGACGUCUACCACGACAAGAACCACGGCCCUACCCGGAGGAACAACUCCUUCGGACGUUUAAAGCUUAGUUCUACGCAGUUCGUGAAAAAAGGCGAAGAGGCUCUCAUAUAUUACGCGCUCGAGAAGAAGUACUUACUCAGCAUGAUCCAAGGCGAAAUUGGCUUGAAGAUUUACUACGUAGAUGAGGAGAUACCGCCUCAACUUCCACCGGAGCAGAAAGAGCCACCACCGCCACCGCCGCCUCCGCCGCAGGAAUCAGAGACAAAACCACCGGCUGAGCCUGAGAAAGUUGAAGAACAACCGAAGGUAGAGGCUGACGCGAAGCCGGAAUGUGACGAGGGUAAAGAAGAGACAACUGAAAACGGUAACGCAGAAGAAAAAGCAGAUCCAGAAGUUGAAAAGCCACCUGAGUCGGUGCAUGAAGAACCUGAACCAAAUGGAAGCGUGGAUCAGGUGGAUCCGGGAGUACCAGAAAUACCUGCGCAGCCUCCUUUAAACGUUGAUGUUAUGGCGGCGUCGGUGUCAAGGUCGAGUUCUGAGAUACGAUUCAGUGGGAUGAACGCUCCACAGCCAAUAAGAAGGGUUGCGUCGACGGCAAGCUUUACAUCGGAAGCUUCUUCUUCCGAUAGUGUUUUGAUCGAACGGUCCACGUUUGAUCUCGUGGAGAAGAUGCACUACCUCUUUGUUCAUGUGGUGAAGGCGAGGUACUUGCCUACCAACGGUAACCCGGUGGUGAAGAUAGCGGUUUCCGGUAACCAAGUCAUGUCCAGACCAGCUCGCAAGACGACGUUAUUCGAGUGGAACCAGGCUUUCGCUUUCAGCCGCGACGCACCAGAUUCUUCCCCCAUUCUUGAGGUCUCCGUGUGGGACCCCGCUAUUUCUGACGGUCGUAGCUUGCUUGGUGGAGUAUGCUUUGACGUAACAGAAAUUCCUGUGAGGGACCCACCGGAUAGCCCUUUGGCCCCACAAUGGUACAGGCUGGAAGGAGGUGAAGCCCAGCACGGUGAUCUCAUGCUUGCCACGUGGCUCGGCACACAAGCUGACGAAUCAUUUGCGGACGCGUGGAAAAGUGACACACACGGCCACGUUAACUCUAGAGCCAAGGUGUAUCAGUCACCGAAGCUGUGGUACUUACGAGCCACUGUUCUUGAAGCUCAAGAUAUCAUGCCGUUAACUUCGUCAAAGGAGGUUUCGUUUCAAGUUAAAGCUCAACUUGGAUUUCAGGUGCUGAAGUCAAAGGCUUCCGUUGCUCGAAACGGCACCGCUUUGUGGAAUGAAGAUUUACUCUUUGUAGCGGCAGAGCCUGUUAGUGGAGACCUCGUGUUCACUUUGGAAAUCCGGCAACCCAAAGCGCCGGUGACAAUGGGGAUUCUUAUGAUACCACUGGCCUCAAUUGAAAGGAGAGUGGAUGACCGGAACGUCGCGUCGCGUUGGUUCACAUUCGAAGAUCCAAACGAGGAAAAGAGUUCUUACAAAGGCAGAGUCCACUUACGCUUGUGCUUUGACGGAGGGUAUCACGUGAUGGAUGAGUCAGCUCACGUGUGUAGCGAUUUUCGCCCAACGGCGAGGCAACUUUGGAAGCCAGCAAUUGGCACAGUUGAGCUUGGAAUAAUCGGUUGCAAGAACUUGAUACCGAUGAAGACGGUGAACGGUAAAAGCUCAACGGAUGGAUACUGCGUAGCCAAAUACGGCAACAAAUGGGUACGUACACGAACUGUAUCUGAUACAUUGGAGCCAAAGUGGAAUGAGCAGUACACGUGGAAGGUAUACGAUCCUUGCACAGUUUUAACCAUUGGAGUAUUCGAUAGUUGGGGUGUAUUCGAAGUGGACAGUCCCAAAGAAUCCACUAGACCCGAUUUCCGUAUAGGAAAGGUACGUGUCCGUAUUUCUACGCUCCAAACGGGUCGUGUGUACAGAAAUACGUAUCCGCUACUAGUCCUGACACAUGCUGGUUUGAAGAAGAUGGGUGAAAUAGAGAUAGCAAUUAGGUUCAUUCGAACGACUCAGCGGCUAGAUUUUCUCCACGUGUAUUCACAACCGAUGCUUCCACUAAUGCACCACAUAAAGCCAUUGGGGGUGGUGCAACAGGAAGUGCUGCGGAACAUGGCGGUGAAAAUGGUGGCGAUGCACUUGUCGAGAUCGGAGCCGCCGCUGAGAAAGGAAGUUGUCUACUACAUGCUAGAUGCCGAUUCUCACAACUUCAGCAUGAGAAAAGUGCGUGCGAAUUGGUAUAGGAUAAUUAACGUGGUCGCCGGAGUCAUCGAUAUCGUACGGUGGAUUGACGAUACACGUGGAUGGAAGAAUCCAACGGCCACGAUCCUUGUUCACGCGCUUUUAGUUAUGCUAGUGUGGUUUCCAGAUCUGAUCAUUCCAACAUUUUUGUUCUACGUCUUCGUGAUUGGUGCAUGGAACUACAGGUUUCGUUCACGGGACCCACUUCCACAUUUUGAUCCCAAAAUUUCGCUUGCUGAGGUGGUGGAUAGAGAGGAGCUGGAUGAAGAGUUUGAUGCAGUGCCAAGCAGUGGAUCAUCGGAGAUGGUGCGAGCGAGGUAUGAUAAGUUGCGCACGCUCGGGGCGCGCGUGCAAACUGUACUAGGAGAUUUUGCCACGCAAGGAGAGCGCGUGCAAGCGCUGGUGACGUGGCGUGAUCCACGUGCCACGGGGAUGUUUGUUUUGUUGUGCUUGGUUGUGGCCUUGAUACUGUACUUGGUGCCGUCGAAGAUGGUGGCGAUGGCGGCUGGGUUCUACUAUCUUCGGCACCCUAUCUUCCGUGAUAGGUCUCCUUCUCCGGCGUUGAACUUCUUUCGAAGGCUUCCUUCUUUGUCAGAUAGAAUCAUGUAAGAAUUUUACUUUCGCUUUAGGUUAUGUAUGUAUUUACACUUUAAUUUGAAAGGAUAGCCACUAGUAAGUUAUAUAAAUACUCAUUGCAUGUGAUAAUGUGGUCUUUGCGUUUUUCUUUUCGGCUUUUUAAUGGGCUUAUGCCUGAGUGGAAUGAAGUGAAAGAAUGAAACUACGAUAAAUAAUAGAUCAUAGAUUCUCGAUCA